AUGGCUAUUACAACCCAGCCCAAAGCCACCCCCACCAGGCUGUUGAUGAUUUCCGUCCCCCGAACGGCAUCCAAUCUUCUUCUGCGAAUCGCGAACAUCCCCAAGCAGCCCAAUCUACUAACCACCCCUAAGGGUGGCUACUUCUUCUACCCGGCAUUCAUCGACUCCACCCAGAAUGGCAGUCUGCAACACCGGCCCGCAGACCAGUGGACCGACGACGAGAAGGCAUCAGUGAGAAACAGCGCCCAGGCCUGCUUCGACAGCUUGGAGGAAUGGUCCUCACGGGCCGAAGAGAACGACCAAGUCAUGUUCACCAAAGAACAUGCAUACUGGAUGUUCAGUCCAGCCACCUUCCUCAAGUCAACAACUGGUCAACAUGACGAGGAAUUCUUCAAGGCAUUCCGUAUCAAUACCCCAGAGAAGUAUGGCACCACUCAGACAUACUCGCCAUCGAACGAAACGAUGUUCCCAGACGAAUACCUCCGCACAUGGCAGAUGCUCUUCAUCAUCCGUCACCCCGCACUCGCAUGGCCAUCCAUGUACCGCGCGAUGCAGAAGCUCGGAGAACAGGGAGUCAUAGACGACGAUGGCGUGAAGGGCGCAUCAGUAACGAACAUGAGCAUGCGAUGGACUCGUAUGCUCUACGACUGGUGCCUUGAGCAGCCCGAUGUGCCCGUCGCACCACCUCUUGUCGAUGCUCAUGAUCUGAUUCACAACCCAGAGGUCGUUCUUCAGCUCUGCGAGAAGACUGGGCUAGACAAGAGUGUGGUGCAGUUUGAAUGGCCCGACAAGGAGAAGAAGUCCCAGCACUGGGCGUGCCAUAAGCCGAACGCAGAUGAAAAUGAGGUUAAGCUUCAUCAGUCGGCGGCUGGGGUGAUGCUCUCUACACUUGAGAGCUCCGAGGGUAUUGUCAAGGAUAAGGCCCCCAAAGCCAUUGACAUUACCGCGGAGGCGAUCAAAUGGAAGGAAGAGUUUGGUGAAGAGGUUGGCGAGCUAAUUGAGAAAUGCGUGCGUGAUUCGAUGCCGGAUUAUGAGUACCUGAAGGCUCGACGAAUCACUCCCUGA